CAGAGAGAAACAGUGGGCCCUCUUCCCAUAACAGUGAAGGAGUCGCUGACGCAGGGCUCUCUGAUACCGGAGGACUGUCGGAUAGCGGAGUGCUGGUAACGGAGACCUGUCGGAUACCGGAGGGCUUACUGGUACCGGAGGGCUAUUGGAUACCGGAGAGCUGUCGGGAAUUGGUGAACUGUCAGAUUACGGAGACCUAUCGGAUGGUGCGGGACUGUCGGGCGCACCUCCCAGCCCCAGUAAAAGUGAAUCUCCUAGUACCUCCAAGACCAAGACGGCCUCUACUAAUUCUGUCAGCGACUUAGCGCUCCUACGACUUCGCUAAGGAAGACGAGGAGAAGGAGAGGUUACGAGCCGAGAUAGAGAGGCUGAAGAGGGAGGCAAAUAUCAACAACAACAAAAACAACAAUCAUGGGGGCAGGAUGGAUGAGGACCGCCAGAAGGUGUUGGUAACGUGGGUGGGGAGGACCAUGGGGGUGAAACACGUGAAGAAGGCCUUGAAGGACUUACUCAAGGCCAGCCGGGCCAUAUUACCUUCAGGUGGCGUCCUCCACUCCAUCUGUGAGAACUACGACACCUACCAGAAAGGAGGACUGUACCCGGUGUUACAUAUGAGUGAAGACAGCGGUACCAUCAACAAGUUCCUCAACAACCAUUCCUACCUCGAGCCAGACGCCCUCGGCCCUGAAAACAUGGUCGGUAUGUUCGAGGAGGUGGCGUGUAUAAGGCCUCCAGUACAAGGCGCUGCCACCACUGAUUCCAUAGUGGUCGCUUCUGCUUUCAAGAGCAUCGAGUCAACCCCUAACGCCAAGCUUAUAAAGGAAUGGAAGAUACCCAUGCACCACCCCAGAAACGAGUCCAUGAUCAGAGACAUCAUGCAGAAGUUCCGAGUCGAGCGUUGGUCAGGCUACAACACCAUCUACCGUAGGCUCCCGUGAGUCUCCUCCCUGCCGGCUCCCUCAACCACAUCCACCACGAGAUGGUCCACACCGCAUCACGAGUUCUCUAAACCAAUUCUAAAGGAGUUCUACCGAAACAUGACAGCUUCAGGAUGUCUGUAAGCUCCAGCUACUUCAAAUUGCCCCAAGCGUUCAAGUGUGACUGUAAACUCCAGCUAGAUUCAUUACAUAUCAUUAUUAAUUAUCUUUGUCAUGUGAACGAAAUGAUCGACGCUACCAACAGCUUCAUGGGACUACUGUAAACUACAUCUAAACUUUAUACUGUGUCUUAACUCACGUCCGCUGCUCUUAUGCCGCUGCCAAAGGAUCACUUAACCUCACGGAGCGUCUCUACAACUCUUCAGGUCAGUUUCCACCCUCAGCCACAGUCAACAGCUCGCUGGCUCCACCUCCCGUCUGAACACUUCACUGGUGAUAUCCUCCAUCUACAGAGUUAUGUUGUUGGUACAUGAUGACUCUGUGAAGUGUUCAGUACCUACUGGUGGUAUCCUGAUGUGAUGUUAUACCUCCAGAUUUGUUUAAACGUGUGAUAUUUUCCUUGUGUUUACAUGUAGAGAAUAUACUCACAGUUUUUAUACUUUGUUUAAUACUUUAUACACACACACUUUGGAUAAAUUAAUGCGUUGUCUACUCUCGUGUGUCUGUCAACAUUGGUUAUUUAUAUACACUCCACCAAGCACCACGCACAAAUAAUGUAGGAAUUCUGGUAAAAAACACGCAAUUUCCUGUAUAAAAUGGCUUAAUGCCCAUAUUCUAUUCAGUGAGAAAAUAUUACAUGUAAAAGAGUGUAAAAACGACUGAAACACCGACUUGUGAUGACGUAGAUAAUGAAACUACAUAUUUACUUACGCCUGUCGCCCAUCGUGUGGUCGAGAGCUACAAACCCAAAGGAACUUCUACAAUCAUAGUGCAAUAUUUUUUUUGUGUGUAGUUGGAGACUCAAAAGAUAAAAAAAAAAAAAAAACUAAGACAAUACUUUAACUGGCAUCUAUUUUAAGUGAUAAACAAUUGAAAAGAAAAAAAUCAUUUACUGGACCCAUAUAGUCGCGUUCGAGUGUGAUGGAACUGUAAGAUAUAUAAUAAUUAGGACAAUCAUAAAGGCGUCAGCAGGCAUCUUUACUACACGGUGAGUUGCCAGAUAUUAUAUGAACUAUUGAUAUGAAUAAUGUUUUAACGUGUUUUAUAAUAUAUUCAGAUAAAUUAACUGACAGGAAUUUCUUGUAUCAUUCACCAAGUGUUUAAUUUCUAGUCAAAACAUUAUAGUUAAUACCAUAAAAAUAUUGUCUUUGUAAUCUUAAUAUUGUUGUUGCUUGUUUUUGUUUUGUUGUACUAUUUCAGUAUUUACAGUUUUCAAAUGAAACACCAAAAAACAUUAUUGUAAACUAAAUGGGAUAAUCCCUCUGUUUAUUUUUACUGUAUGUGAGUGAAGUUAGUUUUUAAAGCUGUCUGAUAAUUUUAAAAUUGUUUGAUAAUUUUAGAACUGUUUGACUGAGGUUUACUGUACGUCUGGGAUAUGUUGUUGUCAGGUCACACCACACGAGUAUUACAACAUAUUCUCGGAAGUUUACACCCUCAGUAUAUAAAGUAAACUCCAUUUCUACAUUUUCAGAGAUGUUUAAGAAGUUCCACACUUUUUUAGGAUCUUCAACAAUUUAUACUUUUUUCGUAUUUAUUACAAUUACUCUUCCAAAAUAAUACGCAGGAAUUUUUAUAAAGAAAUCCGAUUUGUAAUUAUUUAUGUGUCAAGAAAUUUAGGAAUUUUAAUUGUUAUUAGGGAGAUAUUGUGCAGCUUGACUCUUAGUUUAAAAUACAGAGGAAAAACUACAGUAUCACACAAUAACACUUUAGCUGCUGACAACACAGGUGGUCGACGAUCACGUGAUCUAGUGUUUACAAAACAUCCACAGAUUGACCCCGUUAUAUUGGCACCUCCUACAUUCACGGUCAGAAAGAUGAUCAUCACAACAUAACGCCUCGUUGAACUAUUGACCUUGACCAUCACCUCUUGACCUGUUAUCGCUAAAAUGAUAUCAAAUCAACAUUCACUACCACUCUACCUGUCAGCUCUCACUUAAACUAAUUCGUGUUAUGUUAUAUUUCGUCCAAGUUUCAAAUUCCUUGACAUUGAAACUUGAUUAACUUUAUUUGUUUUCUCUACAAAUAAAAUUUUGUCUAAAUUAGUGCACUCAUUCUAGUGUCCGUGGUGUUGGCCUCUGAUAUUUUAUUUCUCCUAAACCGUUUCAUCUCGUUCUCGGUAAUCGUCUGGACUACCUGCCAAGUUUCACAAGCGUAUGUCGGACUGAAGCAAGACUAACAGGGUACCGUAGCUGCCCAAGAUAUUGAACAUUAUGAUAAAUAUAGAU